AUGGUUGCCCAGGUUAAUGCAGCUGAGCUACUGCAGCAAGCACUAAGCUCAAACAUCAUACCGAAUCAGGAGUUCUUGCUUCAGGGGUCUAUUUUAGAUUCAGCAGCAGAGAAUCUACUUCACCGAUUAAGAGGACUGUGCGAUAAUGUGGACGCUAGUCCAGAAACGUUCAGCGAUAUAGAGAUGUGUUUCAGCUUAAAGUUACCAACCGAAAAGACACCAGUAAUGACGGUACGGGUACGACGAGCGCAGGAUGUUGAUGCACUAUUGCAGCUCCGUUACAUCGGUCAGCCCGAGCUGGGCGAUCGUACCAGACCGACGCUCGUUCGGAGCAGUCUGGACAUUGCUUGCACACCGCACGUUAUCGAUUUCCUCACCGAGAUGGGCUUCCGGCUGGACUUUGAGUACUCCACCAAAGGGUACAUGUUUCGCAAGGGCCGUAUGAAGAUAACCGUGUCAAAGAUACUGAAAAACAUGACCGAACCCAUCUCACAGAGCUAUCUGGUGGAGCUGUCCGUGCUAGCACCGAAGGGUCAGGAUGCGAUCGCCGAAGAUAUGCGAAUCUUUGCCGAGCAGCUGAAACCCUUGGUACAGUUGGAAAAGAUUGACUACAAGCGAUUUGCCCAAAUGCCGUAA